CCGCAGCUCCCCACCGCCCUCCGGACCCGCUCUCCCCUGCUGGGAACCCCGCGCACUCCCCUCGUCUCCCCACCCCCGCCUCCGGUCUUCUGGGUUCUGGUCUCUGCCUGCGCCUCCUUUCCGACUCCACGUCCCCCUUCCUGCCUCUCCCUUCCUGCCUCUCCCGGGACCGGCCGCUCGCCCCCUCCUUCCCUCGCUCAGCUCCUCCGUCGCGAGCUGCCGACGAACGGGCGGGCAGGCGCAGCGCCCACCCGCGGGCACCUGGGCUCGGGGGCGCUGGGGAAGGAGGGGUUAAAGGGGUCUGGGGUCCGGGCAUUGGGAAGGUAGUCUGGAAAGGAGACUAUGACGUCACAUUGUGGAGAAGAAAACGGGUCCAUCUCAGGGUUUGGGGAAGAAAAGAGUUGUGCGCCCCUGAAUAUGGGAGGGGUCGGGUGUUUGGGGGACAGAAAGAAAAUGGAUGAGUGCCAAGAUGCCGGGGGAGGUUAAGGGCUCCACUGUGGUACUCAGAGAUAAGUGAAGGCGCAGGGAGUUCUAGGUUGUGGGAAGGAAAGGGUCUAAAGGAUCUACAUCUGGGAAAGAGAGCUGGGGGGGGGGGGUGUCUUGGGGGAGGGAGGAAGACCCAGGCAUCUCCUCCUUCUGGUCUAUUGAAACGGACAGAAGGCUGUGCUCUCCGGGCUAGAGAAGGGGUUCAGGCACCCUGCGAUGGGGGGUGCUGCCGCGCAGGGGUAACGGUCCCGUGGAAAAUACGCCCAUCAGAAAGCAGGUCCCCGCAGACCUGCCAAUGAGGAGAAUACGGUGGGAGCCAGUGCCUGGACAUGGGCCGGGGCUGGGCGGGCCUGUUUAGGGGCAGGAGGGGGCAGGAAUCAGUGGGCAGAAAGAGCAUCCGAUCAGAAAGUUGGGUGCCAGGCAUACAGCCAGUUGAGCAAUUUGGAGGGAAGCCAGAUUUGGCUUGAGUAAAGAGUCAAUUUUGACUGCAUCAGGGAAGAUGCAGAGAAUGAAAGAAUCAGGUGGCUUUCGUGUAGGACUCCCAAGAUGAGCCAUUUGAUGCCCUGCUGUCUGACCUGGAGACCACCACCUCACACAUGCCAAGGUCGGGGGUUCCAAAAGAGCGGACCCCAGAGCCUCUCACAGCUCCCCUGCCCUAUGGCCACCAACCACAGACAGGGUCUGGGGAGUCUUCCGGAGCCUCUGGGGACAAGGACCAUCUAUACAGUACGGUUUGCAAGCCUCGGUCCCCAAAGCCUGCAGCCUCUGCGGCCCCUCCCUUCUCCUCUUCCAGCGGUGUCUUGGGCACAGGGCUCUGUGAGCUAGACCGGUUGCUUCAGGAACUUAAUGCUACCCAGUUCAACAUCACAGAUGAAAUAAUGUCUCAGUUCCCUCCAAGCAAGGAGACUGUAGGGGAACAGAAGGAGGACCAAUGUGAGGACAAGAAAAGGCCCAGCCUCCCUCCCAGCCCGUCUCCGGUGCUCCCAAAGCCUUCAGCAACCUCCGCCACCCUGGAGUUGGAUAGAUUGAUGGCUUCGCUGUCGGAUUUCCGUGUCCAAAACCAUGUGAAUCAGCUUCCAGCGUCUGGGUCAGCCCAGCCGCCAGAGCCAAGCUCUGUGAAUGAGGACUCCCCAUCCUCACCAGGGCCGGCCAGCAAGGGCAGCCUAGACACCAUGCUGGGGCUGCUGCAGUCUGAUCUCAGCCGCCGUGGUGUUCCUACCCAGACCAAGGGUCUCUGUGGCUCCUGUAAUAAACCUAUUGCUGGGCAAGUGGUGACUGCGCUGGGCCGGGCUUGGCAUCCUGAGCACUUCAUUUGCGGCGGCUGUUCCAUGGCCCUGGGAGGCAGCAGCUUCUUUGAGAAGGACGGAGCCCCCUUCUGCCCUGAAUGCUACUUUGAGCGCUUUUCCCCACGAUGUGGCCUCUGCAAUCAACCCAUCAGACACAAGAUGGUUACUGCCUUGGGCACCCACUGGCACCCGGAGCAUUUCUGCUGCGUCAGUUGUGGGGAUCCCUUCGGAGAUGAGGGUUUCCACGAGCGAGAGGGUCGCCCCUACUGCCGCCGCGACUUCCUGCAGCUGUUCGCGCCGCGCUGCCAGGGCUGCCAAGGCCCCAUUCUGGACAACUACAUCUCGGCGCUCAGCGCCCUGUGGCACCCGGACUGCUUCGUCUGCAGGGAAUGCUUCGCCCCCUUCUCGGGAGGCAGCUUCUUCGAGCACGAGGGCCGCCCGCUGUGCGAGAACCAUUUCCACGCGCGGCGCGGCUCGUUGUGCGCCACAUGCGGCCUCCCGGUGACCGGCCGUUGCGUGUCGGCCCUGGGCCGUCGCUUCCACCCGGACCACUUCACCUGCACCUUCUGCCUGCGCCCGCUCACCAAGGGCUCCUUCCAGGAGCGCGCCGGCAAGCCCUACUGCCAGCCUUGCUUCGUCAAGCUCUUCGGCUGACCGCCUGCGGGGCUUGGCUCCGCGAGAGACCAAGGCCCUAAUGACCCCACCCUUCCCCCAAAAGACCCCACGGCCUCGGCCACGCUCUUUGAGCCGGGGGGUCUCUCCCCAGCCCACCCUGGGAAGCCCCACCCACUGGAGAGACCCGCCCCCGAGGUACUCUAUUCUAUACUCUUCAGUUCUCUAGGGUCAGAUUCACAAAAGGGCCCGCCAAUUUCAAGACCACAUAGGUGGGUCCUGCACUGCAAAGCAGCCUACCUGAGGUCUCCACUUUAUCCCCACCCUUGAGGGAGCCCGCUGACUGGAGGCGGGCCCUUGCAAGUCCCACUCACUAGAGGACAGGCGAGGACAUACCUGCUCCCCGCACCCUCACUGUUCUGUGCACUUUUUUUUCUACCUACAUAAAAACACAUGCCACAUGA